AUGUUUGAUGAUGUUAUACUUCCGCUCGAGUUCCGUCGGGCUCUGGCUCUUGCUCUUGCUGUGGUUCUGGUUCUGGUUCACGGUCCUCUGGAGGAUCUCGUCUUCGGGUUCGGGGUUGGGUUCCUGGAGUUUACCCCGUUAGCUUUCUGCUUCUUCGUGCUGUUACUGGCUGAUCUGGUGGCGGGAUGGGCGAUAUCGGAUGGAAGUUAUUUGGUUCUGCCUUGCUGGGCUGGCUGGUGGAACGAGGUCUCGGGUGCAUACGUAUGUCUGUGGUCAAAACGAGCCAGGAGAAUUUUGACGGGACAGUGUAUUGGCAUCAUGCAGGGUGGUUAUGGAGUUAAUUCUUAUAUCCCAAUACCCUUCAUUGGCCUGUUCAAACCUGCAACGGAUAACCACACUGUCAGGGCCCCAUUACUUGGAACUUAUCAAACACCAUAUCCCAAUCCGGUCCUCAUCUCCAGGCCUCCACAUUCAAGUCUACAUGCCUGGCCGAAUUAUAACUGA